CAGCAGCAUCUCAGGAAGAGUCAUGCAGCAUGAGAAAGCUGCAACUCUCAUCUCUCUGUGAGAUUCAUUUCUAUCAGAAGUCUGAGAAUCUUAUAUUUCUCAAGACCAUCUUCACGCGCCUUGUCUGUGAAAUUGAUGAGAGAAAUCAUCAAUUCCAGCAUUCUGUCCUUGAUGUCAUUCAAGUGAUAGCAGAGUUCACCCUGAUCACACUUUUUAAGUAUAGUGUUAAGACAAUGACUCAUUGUGACUGUGUUACUCUCACUGUGAGAGAUACACAGUUGAUAAUGAACAUUGUGAAGACUCUGAGAA